CUCUAUCUGUCUGUCUGUCUGUCUCUGUCUGUCCCUCCUCCUCCCUGUCUGUCUGUCUCUCUGUGUGUGUUAUAUCUGCAGCUGAGCCUCAGCUCUCCCUCUCACUGCUCGCUGCUCAUCAGAGAGUAAACAUGGCUGCGGACCGGGUGAUCGUUUAUGGAGGAAAAGGAGCUCUGGGCUCAAAGUGUGUCCAACACUUCAAGUCUAAAGGAUGGUGGGUCGCCUGCAUCGACAUGGCUGCAAACGAGGAGGCGCACGAGAACGUGUUGGUGAAGAUGAGCGAGUCCUUCACCGAGCAGGCUGGACAGGUGUCGACAGAUGUGGCCCAGUUGCUAGGGGAACAGAAAGUGGAUGCCAUCUUGUGUGUGGCAGGAGGAUGGGCGGGAGGGAGCGCUGGUUCCAAAGAUUUAUACAAAAACUCAGAUCUGAUGUGGAAACAGAGCGUGUGGACCUCCACUAUCUCCAGCCACCUCGCCACUCUGCACCUAAAACCAGGCGGACUGUUGACUUUGUCCGGGGCCAAAGCAGCUCUGACAGGCACUGGAGGCAUGGUGGGAUACGGCAUGGCCAAAGCUGCCGUCCACCAGCUGUGUCAGAGUCUCGCAGCUAAAAACAGUGGGCUGCCAUCAGGAGCUGCUGCUGUGGCGAUACUACCGGUAACCUUGGAUACGCCGAUGAACAGGAAGUUCAUGCCAGACGCGGAUUUCGGUUCCUGGACACCGCUGGAGUACGUCGCAGAAAUGUUCUUCAAAUGGACCACAGGAGCGGACCGCCCGGCUUCAGGAAGCCUGAUGCAGAUAGUGACCUCCGGAGGAGAAACCCAGGCUGUGGCCACGCAGUAGAGGACAGAGAGGAGCUGUGGAGACGGUGAUGGGGGUUGGGAGGGAGAAAGAGUGAGAGAGGGAGAGAUGGAUGGAAGGAAAGACUAGUAGAGAAAGGAGGAGGUUAAAGGGUGUAGAGGUGAAGAAGAAGAGACGGUGACAGAGAGGACCUAAAUGAAAUAAGGAGGUGGAGAGGAGACGGCUAGAUGGGUUUGUUUUGGAGCGAUGAGGAGGAGGAGGGGUGAAGGCUUUCAUUGCAAAUGUAGCCUCAGAGCGCCAUCUAGCUGUAAAACCCUGCAAUGAUCCCACUAACAGUCAGACUGUGUUAUAUCUCCAGUAAAGGUAGGAACACACUCUCCACUCUUGCAUUUUCAGGUCUCAUUUAAAGUAUUCUUUCAAAAAUCAGUGAAGUGUGUUAAAUGAUCAUGUCAAAAUGUUCAUGUAGCUCUUUUUUGGUCAGGACUGUGUGAAAGCGGUCACCAAUUAAGAUGCAUAUACAAAUUGGUUAUACCAUACCAUUGUAAUUCUGUGUCACAGCAGUGUUAUUACAAUAAUUAUAAUGGAGAACAACGCUGACAACGAAUCAGCUGUCUAAACUUGUUCCCCCCCUUCCUCCAAAAUGCAAAUCAGCAUCUUCAUAUCUACUGUACACUAGCUACAGUAAUUUCCUUUAACAUCUGUGAAAUCCAACACACGACGGUGUCAGUCCAUUGUGACAUGUGAGAUCUGUUGACCUUUACUGUUUGUUUAUCGUCCCUGAAGGUCCCAACCUCUAAGUCGAAGAAAGCCGCUGUCUUCUUUUUCCCUCAAACGGACAAAACGGUUUAAAGUGGAGUGGCCUUAUUUUAUGUUCGUAGCUAUCAAGUGUCCUUGGUGUCCGUGGUGUGGAAAAAAAAGGUGUUGUGGGUUUUUUCUAAGUCUUGUAUUGUAACUGUGUCAAAUUCACAAUAAAAUGAGUUGAAAUAAAAGAUUGA